AUGGCUUCAUCUGACCGAGCGCCACCAACCUCAUUCGAGGACCUCCCCGUCACCGACAUCCCGCUCGACGAGAUCUGGCCUCCAGGGUUCUUCUCAUCCCUCCUCGACGACUGCUUCGUACCCAGCUCACCGGUCGCGAUGUCCGCCACUCAAGACCCAUCAUCCACCGACGCCACCACACCCGCCGAGAACAGCUGUGCAUACUGCAAGAAGCACUAUUACAUCUCCAGCCCCUUCGACGACUUCUUCUGCGACACCUGCAUGCUAUUCCUCCAGCUCAGCGAGCCAAAAAGUGAAAAAGAGAUUGAGCUCGAGAAAGUCGUACGCGACUUCACCGACGACGACCUCAAAGCAGUCGGAUUGGGAGUUUUCUUCGAGCUAGAGGAUCCUCCAACAGCAGCACAAGCUCAGUAUACCACCACAUCUCCACCAGCCAGACCUUCAUCCAGCAGCUACGAAGCCCAGAUGUCGGCACUCAACUCUCAGCUCACACACAAACGCAAGAUCAGCGACAGCAAUGUCUCCACCACAUCCGACUCCACCAAGACCCCAUCAGCCAGUCCAUUGCCUCUGUUCCAGUCGCAAGUCCAGAGAAGCCCCCCGUCAUAUGGCAUGACCAGCGUGGGACCUGGGCCUGUCACCAAAGACAUGAUCCGACAGUGGGCCUUCCACAACCACGGCGGUAUCCCCACCACGAUGGCAGACCACAGCCGCCCAAGCAGCACCCCAUUCCCUCGGCCGAGCUUGGAGAGCCAGGGAGAGAUCUUCGGAUCUCCCUCUGUGCAGGCACAAGCAAACAAGACGAGUAAGAGAGGAAAGCGCAUGAUCUGUGCUACGUGCAAGAAGGACUCUCCUGUCGGCACGAAGAACGACGGUGUCAACUGCACUCGCUGCUUUGCGAAGCUACAGAAGAGUGCUGCGGCGGUCACAGUGUCGCCGGAUUUUGGAGGCGUGAAGCGCUCUUACGAGGGUACUUUCGGUGGCUAUGCCCCGGCGAACGGCUCGCCGUUCAAGCGUUCGAGAUAG